AUAUCCAGUGGGCGGCCCAAAUAAAUCACUUGGACGAUGCGGAAUCAGAAUCAGAGAUAAUCAUGGUGGCAAAAGAAGAAACUGACCUGAGACAGGAGAAAAACGGGUCGGGUAAUGGCGGAAACGGAAACGAACGCAAGAGCAAUUGAGAAGGAAAAUGAGGUGGAUUGGCGUCUAGCAGCGGUUUUAACAGGCAAUAGGAAGGCGAAACAGCAUGUCAUGAUUACCUUGCAGUGGGGAUCGUGCCAAACGUCCAGCGAAACCCGAGGAACGACCCGAAUCCGUGCUGGAACGCCCACGUGGACCUCCCACAAAAGAUGGAAGAAAAGAUUUGUUUUUGUUGAAUUCCCCCCUGACCAAUUUCCUUUCUCUAACCCCGAGUGGGCUGACCGGGUUAUAAAACCUGAAAGGGUUCAUCCGGAGCCCACCAAAGAUCUUGAGGACGCCUGCGAGAAACUUCUCAAGGGUGAUCCUGUGACCGGGAAACCUUAUGCCUAUGGAGGCUGGGUAUUCCGGCUAUCUAAUCCGGAUGACGCAGAAGAUGACCGGGCAAACUCCCCGGAUGGUCAUGCUGAGGCCAGUUCUCCUCGUCCAGACAUGAACUUCAACAGGAUGACCACCAUCAUCGAAGAUGAUGACGAUGAUGUCGAAGUCCUCAACUCCAACUGGUCUCCCAAUCGCAAUCCUCCUUCUCCCCCUCAAAACCCUGGGAAGGAAGGGGCUUCAUCUGCCCGGUGCACUCCCCUCGACGAUCUCAUCCGAGAUAAGAAGGUGAAGUCCCCUUCGGUUACCCAUCUCUUCGAAGAUGACCGGGUUAAUUCUUUCCAGGCCCAGUUCGAAUCCAAGUCCAAGGAUACCGGCCACUCUUCUUCCCACGCUAAGGGCCAGAAAAGGAAGGGCUCCCAUAAGAGUUCCAAAGGGGGCAAGAAGAAGAAGACCGGGUCGCUUGACUUGGAAGGGGAGUCGGUUGAAGAAGCCUUCCUUGCAUUGACCAGAAGACUCCAAAAGGUUGGAGUCCUUUCUGAAGAGAUUGGCCAGUCACUCAUCGAGCCAACCAACCAGGCCUCCCAACUGAAUCUCCUGCUUGACUCGGCCAAAUCAGAAAUAAAUGCCCUGGUCGAGAGGGAGAGAAGGUUAGAAGUAGAGCUGAGGGCUGAGAGGGCGUUGUUGGAGGAGGAGAGGGCCAUAUCUGCCCGGUUGGAGGAGGAAGGCAAGAGAAAGGUCGCUGAGCUUGAAGAGGCGUUGGCCCAAGCUGAAGAGACUGCCCGGUCAAAAGAGGAGGCCUUUCCUGAUGAUGCUGUGAUUUGGGCCGCCUGCCAUCACACUGAAGUUGCCCGGUCCAUUCUCACCAAUCCAGAGGACACCAUGGAUUUUUUCAAAGUCAUGUAUAAGGAACCGGAAGGGAAGAGAAUGAUAACAGAUGUCGGGUCCUAUGGGUUUCAGUGUGGCCAAAAGGAAGAGAGAUCUCUUCUCUAUGUCAGACUCCAGAGGAAGGACCCUUCAUUCGACCCGGCCAAGUUGAAGCUUCCAGCCCUGUACAAGGAAGAGCCAGCUCCCCCCUUUCCCCUCGAGUAGGUUAGGGUAUGUUUUCAAACACUAAAUUUUCCCAAGGCCUGGGGGAUGUCCGGCCUACUUUUGAUUUGUAUGAAACUUAAAUCCUCUUGGCAUGCCUUUAUCUUUUACUGGUCGAUCUACUUCAAUUUGCAUGGUUGAACUUCUUUUCUAUGCAAGGUUAUUGUUUCUUGCAUGAUAGCUUUUCUUUUCUUUUUCUUGAUCGCCUUUGAAUGAACUUCCAAGUCAAUA